AUGCCCUCUAUCUCCCAGGCGAAGCGGGACUACGAGGACCGUCUCAAUGGUUGCCUCACCAAGUACAGCCGUGUGCUCUUCUGUUUGAUGGACAACGUCCGCUCACAGCAGGUGCACGAUGUGCGCCGUGACAUCCGCGGCAAGGGCGAGCUUGUGAUGGGCAAGAAGACUCUCCAGAAGAAGAUCGUAAGCAACCGCGCCGACGGCAAGAAUGCGACAGAGACUGACAAGCUCUUCCAGAAGAAGUGCGACGAGCUGAACCUGCUCUGCGGUAACACCUGUUUGAUUUUCACAAACGAGGAGAUCUCACAGAUUACGGACGUGCUCGACAAGCACCGUGUGCAGGCCCCUGCCCGUGUUGGUGCCAUCGCCCCAUGCGAUGUCAUCGUUCCUGCUGGAAACACCGGUAUGGAGCCCAAGGCAACCUCCUUCUUCCAAGCUUUGAACAUUGCCACAAAGAUUUCCAAGGGUACUGUGGAAAUUGUGAGCGACAAGAAGGUGUUGAGCACUGGUGACAGGGUUGACAACUCGACGGCCACACUGCUGCAGAAGCUUGACAUUUCCCCGUUCUACUACCAGAUUGAGGUACAGUCUGUGUGGGACCGCGGUGUGCUGUUCCUUCGCGAGGAUCUCUCUGUCACAGACUCUGUGGUGGAGAAGUACUUGAUGGAGGGCAUCAGCAACGUUGCUGCCAUGUCACUCGGCGCAGGCAUCCCGACAGCUACCACGCUGCCACACAUGCUUGUGGACGCAUUCAAGACGCUCCUCGGCGCUUCUGUGGCCACGAACUACGAGUUCGACGAGUAUGACGGCAAGAAUCUGCGCAAGGCUGCUCUGGAGGGCAACCUUGGUGGUGGUGCUGCUGCUGCUGGGGAAUCUGCUGCUGCCGCUGCUCCCGCUGCUGCUGCCGCCGCUGCUGAGCCUGAAGAGGAGGAGUCCGAUGAUGACUUCGGCAUGGGUGGACUCUUCUAA